AUGCAGUGGCUCACAGAGAACUUCAAGAACCUGCUCGCCUUCUCGCUGUACACGUGCCUCUACCUCACCGUGCUCUACCUGCAAGCCGACUCCUCCCGCAACUACGAGGUCGCCACCUCGCACAACAUCCUGCUGCCACCCGUGAGUGCUCGAUCACGAGGGCAUGGGCGUGGGGGUGGGGCAUGGGCGUGUGGUGCAGUGACCAACCCAACAUGCUGCGACUUGAGCCGUCCUAAACCUCGUCUGUGCGUGCCUCCCCCGUGUGAUGGCUGGCUGCAGGGUGUGUCGGGCGAUGUGACCAACACGCUGAGUGGACCAGACGACUUUUACACCUGGCUUAACGACACCAUUCUCCAAGUGAGUGCUCUCCCUCGCCUCUUCCGCUCUCCUUUGUCGCCCGCGCCGCAACACUCCCAAGUGGUGGUAUGGAAAGACCCCCCCUGCGGAAACGGCGUGUGCGAGCGCCCCUUGGAGUUCCCAGCGUUCGGCCGUUUUGGCUGUGAGGCGGACUGCGGUGUGCUGCCCAACCUGCGCCCGCUCACGCUGCGCCUCUCCUCCUCCUUCGCCUCUCUGGAAUACGCCCAAGCCUCCUCCUGGAACCUCUGCCCCCAGGGCCUGCCCUCCCUGUGCUGGUACGAGGCGCCUCAGGUGUUUUCUCAGGUGGCAGCAGAGUGGGAGCAAACAGUGUGGGUGCCGGAGGGCGACUGGGAGGUGGCGUGUGCCGUGUUGGCACGCUGUGUGCUCGAGGCAUGCCCCGACCCGCUCUCCCCGCGUGUGCUCGCCGCCGUCUUUGUCGACUGCGCUGCUGCCUGCAACGACCCGCCACACACGCCGCCCGUCCCCGCCCACAACCUCACCUGCACACAGGCCCUGGGAGCACUGCCAGCAGACUUCUCAACCUACCUCUGUGCAGGCGCCUCUGCUGCUGCUACAGCCGCAUCGGCUGCUACAGCCUCCAGAAGACUAGCCAAGGAGGCACCAUUUCCCUACAAUCACUACAACCACUACCAUCCGCAUGGGUCGGCAGGGCAGCAGGGCAGGCGCCGCAGAGUGCCACAGCAGCAGGGUGCUGUGCUGCCGCCCUUGCACAUGCUGCAGGAGCAGGGUUCUGCCCUGCCUGCACCCGCUGCUGCUGCUGCUUAUUAUGCUGCUUCUGCUUCUGCUGCUGCUGCUGCUGCUGCUGCCGCCACCCCUGCCGUCACCCCCACUGCUGGUGCGCUUCGAUUCUUUGCUCCUCUGCCUUCACCUCAUUCCCCCUUCGUCUCCCUUCUCUCCUCGUUCCCCCCCUCCCUCCUCUUGCUCCCUCGCACGCUUCCCAGGCAUGUGUCCUACCUUUCUUUUUUUAGCCUCGCAGACGACACCCUUUGGGAGGCCCUCGGUUCCUCCGACCAGCAGCGAAUCCAAAACUGCCACGUGGCAGUCGCCCGUGCCCUCUACACAGCUGUCAAGGACAGCUGUCUCGUCUCUGCCGCCCCGUUCCAGCCAUCCCUCGCCUCUGCCGCCCAAUCCUCUGCGCCCGCCCUACUCGGCCCUGCCGCCCGGCUGCGUCUCGUGGCGUUUCUGUGCUCGCUGGUGGGCGGCGAGCGGGCGGCACAGCGCGUGAAGGGCUGCAACUACACACACCACGCGUCCGGGCGGCAGCUGGUGACGCUGCAGCUGCUCAGCACUGACGUGCCAUGGGCGCACGCCAACGGCGUCCCAACGCCCCUCUCCCACACGCAGCAGGCGCGCUUCACAGCCAUGCUGCUCGCUGCACUCGACUCUCUCCUCGCCCUCCCCCCCUCGCGCCUGGCGGCCCUCUCGCGCCUCCUCCACGCCCUCGACCCAGCGGUGGUGCUCCCCUCCCUGCCGCCCUGUGGGAACGCUGUGGGGCCCACGCUGCUGUGGGCGCCGGGGGUGGUGCUGAACACAACGGUGGUGGUGGGGGACAAGGUCACGUGGCUGUGGGCCGAUGGGCUGCCUCACGCCCUCACAUUGACCGACCUGACCUCGCCUCAACCGCCCCCAUGGCACGGCUUUGGCACGGGGCAGCUGGUGGUGGCAGCGGGUACAGAGUGUGCGAGUGACAACGUGGGGGCGCUGCCUGCUGCUGCCGAUGACUCAGACCGUGCCACUGCUGCUGUGCACCUGCUAUGGGCCGCACACGUCCCCCUGCCCUGCUCCCUCUGUAAGCUCCGCUCGCUAGCCCCCGCAAUGCUCGCACUCCCACCCACUGCUCCUCAUUCCAAGCUCACCCAAUAUCUACCCUGCCCCUGCCCCCGUCUGUCCCUGUGUGUUUGCUGCGUGCUGCAGACAUCUCGCCUCACUUCCCGCCCCUUGAGCUCCACUCCUUUCUCCUUUCUCUCCCACGCUCACAGCCAUCCCUGGCGACCCGGAGGUCUUCUCAGUGUCUGCAGUGCAUCUGUGGGUGCAGCAGACUCAUCAGCCCUCACAGCAGCAGCAGCAGCUGCAGUCGCCCCUACCCCAUCUGCUACCUCUGCACCACCUGCUGCUGCUGUGUCGCCAGCAGCGGCAGUAAUCUCAGCGCCCCUGGCAGUGCAGUGUGCGCCGGGCUGUGCGCUGAGCAUGCUGGGGGACGGGCUGUGCCACAGCGCGUGCCACGUGGACGCGUGUGCCUUUGACGGGGGGGACUCGGGCGGCGUGGCAGCGUCGUCGCCGCUGGGUGCGCUGGUGGCGGAGAGGCAGCAGGUGGCGCAGGCGCGGUACGUGGCAGCGCAGCGCAACCGCCUGCUCAUCGGCCUCUUCCUUGAGCAGACUCGGGCCGAUGGCGGCCCCUGCAGGCCUUCCAGAAGGCGUGUGGUGCGCUCACAGAAGGCGUGUGGUGCGCUCACAGAUGGUGCUAACUCACAGGCAGCGCAGGCGUGGUACAUGGCGGCGGAGAGCGACCGGCUUCUCAUCGGUCUCUUCCUUGAGCAGACUCGUGCUGAUGGCCACCGGUGCCGCCCCUGCAGGUUCCUGAGCCUCUUCCCCUACUGUGCCAACAGCACAUCACGCCAGCCAUUCGGGAUCAACCCAGCCUUCCUCCCCUCCUCCUCGCUCUAUGACCCUGACGCUGCUGCCGUCCUCGCUGCAGCCACCAACCAAUCUCUGCCACCCCUUGACGGCCAAUCUGACUCCUCCAUUCCGGGCGGCAGCAGCAGUGCUGUCAGCCAAUCAGACUCCUCCGUCCCAGGCAGUAGCGGCAGUGCUGUCAGCCAAUCACCAACCUCCGGCACUGUAGCGCUGCUGACUCCUACUGAGCUGCGAGCGUUUCAGAACCACAGUGUGCCGUACGGAUUCGCGCCCGUGCAGCCGGACAAGGCGGCGUUCCCCGUCCUGUUUGACGUGAACCUCGACAGCCGGGCGGCUGCCGCCCGGCUACAGUACCUCGUGGACGGCUUCUUUAUCGACAAUGCCACCCGCACCAUCACCGCCCAGAUGCUCACUUACAACGGGGAGAGCCAUCUCUUUGUGCUCAUUCGAGUGCGCUUCAUCUGCCAGGUGGGGGGGCAGAUAGCAGUGAAGUACGAGAUAGAACCAGUCAACGUGGAGGUUUUUCGCACGGAGGGCGACUGGGUGCAGCUGGGGAUCACGCUCGUGUAUGUCAUUGCUGUCAUGUGGAACUUGCUGGAAGAGGCACGAGAGGCCUUCUCACUCUGGCUUCAGACGGGCAGGGUGUGGGCAUACUUCCGGUCGCUCUGGAACUGGCUGGACGUGCUCUCCCUCACCAUCCAGUUCUCCGGCAUCAUCAUGUGGUUCAUCAUAGCGGUGCAGCUGUCGGGGCCGUUCUCAGUGCAGGCGCGCUACAACAUCUACGCUUCCCUGGGCGACACGCCCUACCCCUGGCAGGUGGUGUACCCCCCAGCACAAUACCUAGCAGCAAUGAGUGUAUACAAUCAGAUAGAGCACAUCGUCUCCUGGCGAUCCAUCUGCGUCGCCCUGCAGGGCAUCAACGUCUUCUUAAUGACUCUCCGACUCCUCAAGCUGAUGGACUUCCAGCCGCGCAUCUCCAUUCUCACGCGCACCAUGGCAGCAGCGCUGCCCUCCCUCGGCCACUUCCUCCUCCUCUGGGCCAUUGUCUUCGUCGGCCUCUCUGUCUACGCAUACGCGGUCUUCGGCCGCACUCUAGACCAAUUCAACACGCUCGCCAUGUCACUGGUUUCCUGCUUUUUAAUCUUAAUUAAUGAUAACUCCACGGGGUAUUAUUUUAUUCAGCUGGAGGGGUGGCCGCUGGCUGCGGCGAUGGUGUUCUGGAUCGCGUUUGUGGCGGUGAUGGUGUUUGUGCUGCUCAACGUGCUCAUUGCCAUUGUGGUGGAUGCCAUGAUGGAAGUGCAGAAAGAGUCAGAGGAUUCGCCGUCCUUUUUCGUGGACAUGUGGCGUGUGCUGCGCAGCUACGCCAUCCGCUGCUCGACGCGCUACUGGAAGCCUGGGCGCCUGCAGAGGCACCUGCUUGCGCUGGGGGCGGAGGAUGACACCAAGCAGCUCUCCUCCUUGGCCCACUCUAUAAGGGUACUCCGGGGCAGCUUCAGCGAUCUAGACAGCUGCUUCAGCUUCCCAACCGCCUGCCCGCAGCCGGACCUUAGCCGCCCGCGCCGGGUCUUCCGAGUCAACGGCCGAAGCUACAACGCCGAUAACCUAUCGGCUGUGCUCGAGCGCCGAUUACAGCGCUGCCCUGCGGGUUCUCUUUCCCGCCGAUUCUCACUGCUCAAGGGCGAUUCGGAGAAGGUGGAGCAAGAGCCAGGCAUCAAGCCCGACAGAAUGACGGACCUCAUUCUUGCGCAGUUUGGGGAAGAGAUGGGGACGGCAGGGCGCGCUCCGGGGCAAGGCACUGACGAGGAUGCAGACCUCGAGGUCAUGAAGGAGGAGGUUCUCCGAAUCGAGAAAAGCAUGGCAGAAUCAGCUCAAGGGCUGGGGGAGCUUCAGGGGGAAGUGCAGAUGCAGCGCCGUGCCCUUCGCAAUCUGCAGCGGCAGCUGACCAAUCGCGACCUCCGGUUGGAAGAGCAGACCGCGGAGUUGCAGCGCCAGCUGGCUCAGCAGCACCAGCUCCUGCUUCGUCUGUAUCGCAUCUGCUGCGCGAAUCCCGGAAGCACGCAGGCACUUCGCAUUGCAGCCAUGGCGCGCUCCCUCCUCGCCAUACUCGUAUGCCUCGCCCUCGCGACCUCCGCCCUCGCCCGCACGUACGACCGCCCCCACUUGCACCGCAUGCACGCCCGCCGCGGUCUGCGCCACGUGCGUGACCCCGCGGCUGGCUCGCGACGCCGCCUCUUCUCCUCCGCGUUCGGCGACGAAGCUUCCUCCAGCGACCCCAACGGCGACUACAUCGGAUUCGACGAUUUCGUUAGCGGGCCGGUUGCUCCCGCUUCCGCGCAGCUGAAGGCCUUGAUGGCGAUUAAAGCCGCCUGGAAGAGCGACUUCUACGCAGCUUCCACUUGGCAGGAGGGCAGUACGGACACAACCGCGUGGGAGGGCCUCGAGAUUGACGACGCAGGUAACGUCGUCAGCAUGCGGUUGGUCUCCGCGGGCGUCGAAGGACCGCUGCCGGCGGCGCUCGCUGCGCUGACGGCCCUCACGUCGCUUGAUCUCCGUCAGAAUAAGCUGACCGGCGAGAUUCCUCGCGGUGUUUUCGCCAAAAUGCCGAACCUGAAGGAGUUCUAUAUCGCGGAUAACCAGCUUUCCGGGCUUGUUCCGUGGAGGCAAUUCUUCGGGCAGGCUGAUUCCCCGCUGCAAAUGUUUGAAAUCGACGGCAACGCUUUCACCGGUGGCAUUCCCAACACCCUUUUCCAAAACGCGCCGAACAUCCAAACCUUCACAGCCAGCGGCAACAAGUUCACCGGGCAGAUGCCAACCGGUUUGUCAGGCUGCCCGCUUCUUUCGGUCAUCGAUUUGUCGGACAACCAGCUGACCGGCCCAAUUCCGUCCGCGUUUGGCCGGAUGGACGGGCUGGAGGUGUUCGACGUCAGCAACAACCUGUUGACCGGUUACCUGCCGGCGACCUUCGGAUUCUCCGCGACGCUCAUGAAUCUCGAUGUUAGCAACAACAAGCUGAGCGGUAACCUCCCCGCAUCGCUGGCCAAUCUCGGCCAAUCGCUGCGGGCCUUUAAAGUGGCGAACAACUACUUCACUGGAAUUUUGCCGAAGUUCCCAAACCUCGGGAGGGGCUGCGGACCCAAGGGAUCCGACGCUGUUUCCUGUUACAGGUUCUCGAGCAUCAUUGAUUUGAGCAACAACUACUUUUAUGGAAAGGAUGAGAUGACCAUCCAGGCGGCCAAUUGGACGGGCACACCAAAGACCGACGUAAUCUGCCCGGGAAAAGACUUUCCGAAUGAAAUUUCUGUCCAAGGAAAUUGCUUGGUGUCCAGUGCGACCUGCACAGCCAAGUCGCAGAGGGCUGCAGCGCAAUGCACUGCGUUCUGCGGCACAGGGGCAGUAAUCGCAACUAAUUCGUUCACCCUGUCAUCUGGCAGCCGACCAAUAAUCGAACCAGCAUCGCCAGCGUCGUAUCGGGAAGAGCUGAAGGAUGCAAUCGCCGCGUUGCUGCAAAUCCAUGGCUUCUCCAAAUACGCCCUCGAAACGCUAGCCCCCGCAUUGUCCACAGGCCCCAACAAUCUCUUCCGUCAAAAUCUCACCAUUCUUGCUCCCAGCACGGAUGCCCUUGUGCGCGUUAGCGAUGAUGCUUUUAACGCGCACGACAGCGUCCGGAUUUCUGAGUUCACAGUACUCGCGACUCGCAUGACGUAUAUCCCUGUCACCGCUUCUAGCGCCUCGUUGCUCGUGUCUUCGAUACAAGCUAGAGGAUUUAUCCGCUUUCCGUCGUCGCAAGGCGUUCGAGCAGGAGCACCGCGGUUAGUCGGCUCCGCGCUCCAUUUCCCCUCCCCGUCUUCCACUCGGACUUGCUUUUCCGCGCAGUCCCGCGCCGGAUCCCAAACCCCAGGGCCCUUUCUACGCGCUGUCGAGCGCUUCUUUACCGCUCGCGGCGCAACAGCCGCGGCAGGAGUGGGCAUGGAGAACGCGUGGGCGCGCGAAGGGCGGCCGGCGGUUGCGGUGGUAACGGGGGCGAAUAAAGGCAUCGGAUUCUACAUCGCACGGGGAUUGGCUGGCGAAGGGUUGACUACUGUGCUCACCGCCCGCGACCCGGGGCUGGGGCAGGAAGCUGCGAAGAAGCUUCAGGCGGAGGGGCUGCAGGGGGUGGAGUUCCAUCAGCUGGAUAUCAGCGACCAAUCAUCGAUCGACAGCUUUGCACGAUGGCUCAAGGACACUCACGGGGGCCUGGACGUGCUUGUAAACAAUGCUGGGAUGGCUUAUAAGGGGAACACGUUCGGAGCAGAGGAGGCAAGGAAGACCAUUGACACCAACUACAAAGGCACUCGGGCCGUGUGUGAAGCGCUGCUGCCCCUGCUGCGCCCCUCCAAAGCGGGGGCGCGAGUAGUUAAUGUGGGCUCGAGUGCAGGCAAGCUUCGCAUUGUCUCCCCCGCACUCAAGGCCCGCUUCACCAGCCCAACCCUCACAACUGCUGACCUGGAUGCACUAGCGGAAGAGUUUAUAAAGGGGAUAGAAGACGGCACUUAUAAGGGAGCAGGGUGGCCCGAGUCCAUGUACGGAGUGUCGAAGCUCCUAGAGAACACAUAUACUCGCGUGCUUGCGAGACAGGUGGAGGGGCGGCAGGAAGGCGAAAGGUGGGUGGAGGGGCGGCAGGAAGGCGAAAGGGUGUAUGUGAACGCAUGCUGCCCCGGGUGGUGUGCCACUGACAUGUCAUCAUGGCGCGGCCGCAAGACAGCAGAGGAGGGCGCGGACACACCCAUCUUCCUGUCACUCGUUCCACCCGAGAAGGCUGCUACCGGGCGGUUCUAUGCUGACAGGACGAUUGAGGAUUUUUAG